UGUUCCAAAACGUCCGAAAUUUGCCGACGUAGAAAAUCAUAUGCGUAUCGCGCGAACGGUGAAUUUCGGAACAAACCUGUAAAAGUUUGUGACAGAAACGGAUUUUCACAAAAUAAUAACAAAAUACAAAGACAAUAUACAGUUAUUUCGUACGUUCACGAAAACCAUACAUUAACACAGAAAAUGCGUCGUGUUGCUUUUUCUCAGGAACAGCCCAAGCAAACCCGUCUCAGCAUCGAAGAGCGAGUUAAAAUUGUAGAACGGCUUGAUAAUGGAGAAAAAGGCAUUGAUCUUGCACGGGAAUACAAGAUAUCCAGGUCAGCAAUUACAUUUAUAAAGAAGUCCAGGGAACAUCUGAUAAAAAAAAGAAGUGCACUUAUUAUGUGUCAAGGACAAACAUCUAAGAAGAGAUGCACUGGUGUUGAAAAUAGUCCUCUCGAGCAAGCCUUAUAUGAAUGGUUUCUCGAAAGGAAAAGCAUAGGGGAAUCUGUUACAGGAACAAUGUUGCAAGAGAAGGCAGUUGAGUUGAAUAAAAUGCUUAACGGAACUAAUAAUUUCAAAGGUACCAAUGGUUUUAUAUCCAAAUUUAAAAAAAGGCAUAGCAUUGGAUCUUCAACAGGGGAAACUUCUGCAGGUAAAAGUGUGAGCACUUUUUGUCGAGAAUUUGUAAAAUAUAUUAUAGAUAACAAAAUACCAUUGGAUAAAAUUUAUAAUGCCAAAGAAACUGUAUUCUAUUGGAAAACAUUGCCAAAUAAAACUUUUGACACCAGCAGUGAAAAUGAAGUUUCUGAUGGAGAAUCGGUAAAAAAUAAGGUCACAUUAAUGGUGUGUACAAAUGUGACAGGAAGUCACAAAUUGCCUCUGUUAAUUGUCGGACAAGAUCAUAACUGUCUCGAGAACAUAAGAUCAUCGUCAGUCAUAUAUACAAAACAGAACAAUGCAUGCAUAGAUAAACAGUUGAUGUUGACAUGGUAUCAGGAAGUUUUUUUACCAGAAAUUGAAGCAGUUCAUAGUUCCAAUAUCGAACAAUGUCUUCUUCUACUCAGUGAUGUUCCCAAUUAUCCUUCAGUAGAAGAACUCAAUUUAAUUAGCGAACAAUGUCAAGUAAUUUGUCUACCAUCUUAUGCGACUUCGCUCAUACCUAUGGAUCAUGGAGUUAUUGAAAAGCUGAAGAAGAUAUAUAGAAAACAUUUUCUAAGAGUAAUACUUACAGCAGAUACUGCAGAAGACGUCCAGAAGUUGUUGAAAUCACUUGACGUACUUAAGUGUUGUCACUUAAUAAGUGAUGCGUGGGAUGAAGUCAUGGAAGUUGUCAUAAGGAAUAGCUGGAAAAAUAUUUUCCCUUUAUAUCUAGAAGAGCAGCUCGAUUCAAGAUUAUUUUUAAGUAUGGUAAAUAAAAUUCCUGAAUAUGACAAUAUUACAUUAGAGGAGAUUGAUUUAUGGUUAAACAGUGACAAUGAUAAACAAGAAUGCCAAGAAGUGUUGGAGCAAGAAGUAUUAGAUCAAGAAGUAUUAGACCAGGAAGUAUUAGACCAAGAAAUGUUGGAUGAAGAACUAAUCUUUGCGAAACAUGGAGAAAAUGACGAGGUUAACCAGAAAAUAAACCAAGAAGUUGAAGAAGAGGAAGAAAACAAUGAGUGUUUAAAUGACAAUGACUUUACGAAUGAUGAAGUUACAGCAAAGAGUGCACUUGAUUCUAUCAUUACAUUCUUGUUCUGGUAUCAAACUCAAAAUCAAUGCUCGCCUGAAGAUCGUCAGUAUAUACGAAAAUUUACGAAACUUGCAAUGGAUGAGAUUCUUUCAAAUAAUAAAUAAUUAUAUAUAUAUAUAUAUAUAUAUAUAUAUAUAUAUUCUGUAAAAUAUAUUUUAAAUGUUAUAGAUUGCUCAUUGUCAGUCAAUUUUUGCAUUCAUUGCAGUAAUAAGAUUUUUAUCUUGUUGAAAUAUCAUUCUAUAACUGAACAUACGUGAUAUUUAGAAAAUCACUGAUCUCUAUGUAUUUAUGUAUAAUAUUUGUUUUAUCCUUUAGCUAAAAGUUAAAGCAUAAACAAUUAUAAUCUGUCUAAUAAACAGUUUUAUUAUAAUUUA